AUGGACAUUCUCCAGACCUUCCAAACCCUGCCGUCCAGCGGCGACUUCGUGUGGCCGAUGCUGGGGCAGCUGCGGCGGGACGAGGCGCCCGAGCCGGUGGAGUACUACCGCGUGCGCAGCUUCUCCAUCACCCCGAGCGGCGUGUUCAACCUGGGCGACUCCUUCCGCUCCCGGCGCUCUCGGUCCAUCACGUCCGUCAGCUCGGCGGGGUCCAGCCACAGCGGCACCAGCGCGCCGCCCGCCCGCGACCGCCAGCCCAGCGCCGCGUCGCGCUGCAGCGCCCAGGAGGCGGAGGAGACGGACCAGGUGCCCCGCUUCAGGGUGGCCAUGCUGGGCGCGUCGGGCGUGGGCAAGACGGCGCUCACCUGCCAGUUCACCACCUCGGAGUACAUCUGCGCCUACGACACGUCUCUCGACGAAGAGUUCGGCCAGAAGACUGUCUCCGUGAUGCUGGACGGACAGGAGGCCGAGCUGGACAUAGUGGACCACCCGGCCUCUGAGAUGUCGGUGGAGAGCUUCUGCGCGACGUACGGCCCGGACGUGUUCGUGGUGGUGUACUCGGUGGUGGAGCGCAAGUCGCUCAAGGUGGCCGAGGACAUCCUGCUGUUCCUGUGGAAGACCGACCUGGUGGCGUCCAAAGGCGUCAUCCUGGUCGGCAACAAGGCGGACCUGGAGCGCAAGAGGGAGGUGCCCACUGCAGCAGUGGGGCGCAAGCUGGCCAACAGCUGCGGCUGCAAGUUCAUCGAGACGUCGAGCGGCCUGGCGCACAACGUGGACGAGCUGCUGGUGGGCAUCUUGGCCCAGGUGCAGCUCAACCCGCGGCGCAGCCGGGGCCGCCUCGGCCGGAAGAAGAAGCACAAGAGCCUGCGCGUGGGCGCCGGCAAGAGGAUCCUCCAGCACCUGCUCGGCAUGACCGGCAGGUCGCGCUCCUGCGAGAACCUCUUCGUGCUGUAGCACCCACCGCGCCGCGGCCCUUUAGUCGAGCGCGUUCAGACGACGCUGCCCCCGGCACAGUCGCGGCCCAAUACCACCACUUCAGCUACGAGACCAUGUAUAAGAGCCUGGGCAUCGCCUCCAGCAAGACGAUCCUCAAGCACUUGCUUGACAUGACAAGAACCUCUUCCAGCUGUAGCACACACAUUGCCGUGGCCCGUUCGUCGAGUGUGUCCAAAUGACGCUGCUCCCAGCUGAGUCGCGGCCCAAUACCACCACAUCAACUACUAGACGAUGCAUGAGAGCCUGGGCAUCGCCUCCAGCAAGACGAUCCUCAAGCACUUGCUCGACAUGACCAGAACCUCUGCCAGCUGUAGCACACACAUUGCCGUGGCCCGUUCGUCGAGCGCGUCCAAAUGACGCUGCUCCCAGCUGAGUCGCGGCCCAAUACCACCACUUCAGCUACGAGACGAUGUAUAAGAGCCUGGGCAUCGCCUCCAGCAAGACGAUCUUCAAGCACUUGCUCGACAUGACCAGAAUAUCUUCCAGCUGUAGCACACACAUUGCCGUGGCCCAUUCGUCGAGCGCGUCCAAAUGACGCUGCUCCCAGCUGAGUCGCGGCCCAAUACCACCACUUCAGCUACGAGACGAUGUAUAAGAGCCUGGGCAUCGCCUCUAGCGAGACGAUCCUCAAGCACUGGCUCGACGUGACCAGAACCUCUUCGUGCCAGCGACACUGCGCUCUGCCGACCUAUGGUAGUACACCACCGGCGUUAGAGGCUAUGAGCGCCAGUCUCUUACCACACAUAUUUUAUGUUAGCACAUGAAAAAGGGCAUUUAUAUCACGAUGACAAUGAAGAUACAAAUGGUUUGACGGUGAAGUGGGCCAUACAUGAAUAACUACUGUUUGAAAAUGCAUCUUCGUUCAUAUUUGAUUUACUUUAAUUUCACAUUGAUUAUAAAACAUCAGGCCUUUAUCCAGUGUUUGUGUACUAUACACAUGAGAAGCAUAUCACAGAGCAUAUGAAUGUAGCAAACCAAAUUGAUUUUAAAGUGCUUUGAGAGUUGGGUUUGAUGCUGGUUUUCCCCUUGUUUUAUUUUAUUGUAAUUGCUAAGAAAAA